AAAGAAAGAGGAGGAGCUGCCCUUCUUGUGCUUCAGAUAGAAGCAAAAGAUAGCAGAGGAACCGACCGAGCUUAGCGAGGGAAGAAAAUUUAAUUCAUAAUUUCAUCUACAGUAAAUACAAAAUUUCCUCUCUUUUAUCACUUUCUUUCGCUAUUUUCAAUUCUUCCAGUUUCUGCCGCCGUUCUGUCCUUGCCGCAACCAGAGCUCUCUUUCCUUCUGAUGGCCAGAUGGGAUGAGAUCCUGUCUCUUCCCGUGCAGAAUCCUCCAACUCUGGAAUUUUCUGCUACUGAUCUUGUGUGGUCAAAAAUUGAAGGUUGGCGCGAUAAAAUAGAUAGACUUGCCCUUAUUCCUUUUGCUAGGGUGGAUGAUUUUGUAAGGGGUGAAUCUGCAAAUAAGGAAUGUCCAACCAGAUUUCAUGUUGAAGCAAGACGUCGCCGGCCUUCAGAAACGUCUUACAAGCAGAAGGUUGAUGGCAUUCUUGAGUACAUACUGUAUUGGUGUUCAUUUGGCCCUGAUGAUCAUCGGAAAGGCGGCAUAGUACGACCAAGUAGGAGUGUUUAUGUUCCAAAGAAGAAGAAUGCUGGGCGACCAAAUACUAAAAGAGGGUGCACCUGCCACUUUAUUGUGAAGCGAUUAAUUGCCGAACCAUCGGUAGCACUUAUCAUAUAUAAUCAGGACAAGCAUGUGGAUAAGAAAGGGUUACCAUGCCAUGGCCCACAGGACAAGAAGGCUGAAGGAACACGAGCCAUGUUUGCCCCGUACAUCUCAGAGGAUCUUCGGCUUCGUGUUCUCUCUUUACUGUAUGUUGGGGUUUCUGUGGAGACCAUAAUGCAGAGACACAAUGAAUCGGUAGAGAAACAGGGCGGUCCCUGUAAUCGUGAUGACCUUCUAACUCAUAGGUAUGUGCGACGACAGGAGAGGAGCAUCCGCCGUUCUACGUAUGAACUGGACAUGGAUGAUGCAGUAAGCAUUAGCCUCUGGGUUGAAUGCCACCAGAAUAAUGUAUUCUUUUAUGAGGAUUUUUCUGAUUCAGAUCCUUUGACAUUGGGUAUUCAAACAGAGUGGCAGCUGCAACAGAUGAUCCGUUUUGGCAAUUUCAGUCUUCUGGCUUCUGAUUCAAGGUUUGGAACAAACAAAUUGAAGUAUCCUGUUCACAGCCUAGUCGUGUUCAACUCAGACAAGAAGGCCAUUCCAGUAGCUUGGAUAAUGACACCAAGAUUUGCUACUGCAGAUGCCCAUAAAUGGAUGAGGGCACUUUACAAUAGGGUUUGUACAAAAGAUCCUACAUUUAAGUUGGCUGGGUUCAUAGUGGAUGAUCCUUCAACAGACAUCCUUACUAUCAGGGAUGUCUUUCAGUGCCCUGUAUUGAUAUCAUUUUGGCGGGUCCGUCAGGCGUGGCAUAAAAAUUUAUUAAGAAGAUGCUCAGAAAUACAGAUGCGUGCCCAGAUAUGGAAACGGCUUGGAGAGGCAAUAGAUGAUAUUUGCAGAGGCCCUGGAUCUGUGGAUUUAUUUGAGGUUUUCAUGGAAGAUUUUGUUGAUUGCUCUGAUUUCAUGGAUUAUUUCAAAGCAGUCUGGUAUCCUAGAUUAGGGCUUUGGACACAUGCAUUGAAAAAUUUUCCACUAGCCAGCCAGGAGACUUCUGCAGCUAUCGAACUUUACCACAAUCAAUUGAAGGUGAGGUUACUGAAUGAGAAGGAUCCCAGUGUUUAUCAGCGUGCUGAUUGGUUAGUUGAUAAGUUGGGUACCAAGGUGCAUUCAUACUUCUGGCUUGAUGAGUACUCAGAGAAGGAUGAAUUUGCAAGAUACUGGAAAGAUGAGUGGGACAGUGGUUUAACAGCUUGGCGGAAAGCAUUGAAGAUUCCAGAUCUUGAUGUUGUCAUGGAAGGUAGAUGUGCAAGAGUUGCUGACCAGCUUGAUCGAGAUAGGUUUCAUGUUGUUUGGAACCCUAGAUCGAAUUUUGCUCUUUGUGAUUGCAGUUGGGCAGAAAUGGGUAACCUGUGUGAGCAUGUCUUCAAAGUUAUAAGAAUGUCCAGCAACAAAGGGUAUAGGAAGCCGUCUAUUAGCCUAUCUCAGUACAACCAGGCCUUGAUUGACAUGCUGCAUUGCCCACCCCACGAUUCUCUUAUUCGCGAUCAUGCCGUUUCUCUUGCGGUUACUGUACAGAAGCAAUUAGACGCAAUGGCUGUUUUGGAUAGCAGCAAUAGUACUGCAUAUCCAAUUCAGAAACAAGCUGUGGAAAUUCUUGAGCAGCAGACAGGUGACGCAGAUGGAAGGCAUUUGAUGGACAAGGAUGUAUCAUUCCAUAACACAGAUGAUUGUGGGGACAGACAUGAAGUAUCUGGCGGAGGUGUUGCAGGUGAUUCUGCUGAGCCUAUUGGAGAAAAAACCACUUGUGCCGAGAUGGACGUUGACCAAUCAUCUAACUGUAUUCCUGUCGAUGAGGUUGUAAUUAAUGAUGUCUUCAUGGAGAACAGAGAUGAUAGUAUUAAGGGUCCUACUUUGAAAGAUGAUGCUUUGACUGAUCAAAUUGAGCUUGAAAAUGAUAGUGUAGCAGAUACCGAACUUCCAUCUGUGGAUAUUCCUACAUCACUGGUGGAUUUUAUGGGGAAAUGUGCCACUAAUUGUGAUGAUGUUGGCGACAAUGGUUCUGAGCCACUUGUAAUUACCAACACAGCAGAUGCAGAUAAUACAUCUGACAAGGCCUCCGUAUUUUUAGCCAACUCUGUCGAGCCACAAGUGAUAGGCAUGGUUGCAACAUCAGGAGCCGUAGAAAAUACAGUGACAGAACCAGAAAGUGACAAUGGAAGCAAUGCUGACAACCAUUAUCCUACUGAUAAUGUUUCCUCAUUAAACAGGUUGGAUGAUAAGGAGACACAUAAUCCUGAUCUAAGUUCAGUUGGAAGAAUGAUAAUGUCAGAAUCACAGUUAAAUUGCUUGUCAACAUCAAGUAACAGUGGCAAACCGCAUCAUAUGGAGCUUACAUCUCAAGAAACCAAUUCUCAUGAGAAACCAUCUUUACGCGAUAAAUUGUCUUUGAUUAGUCAUACGCAUCAAACAGAUGUCGCAAAUGGAAAAAGUGAUAUAAGCCAGUUAGAUGCUACGAAUGGUAUUGUUCCUGAAGGCACUGCCAGUGCCCCUUAUAGCAAGCAGAGAGUCUGAUAGAGGCCAUGGAGAUGCUGGUAAACUACUGAUAGCUGAAAUUUUGCUGAUAUAGGAUCCCUUUUCAAGUGUACAGUCUGUUUGACAUUAGUUGAUUAUUUACUUGGGUAGAUAAUUUUACGUAUCCCUGGAGAAUUUGGAUUCAUCAUGUCCAUUUUUUAUUAGCAACAAAUAAUUAAUUAUCCAAGGUAAUAAUUGUAGAUGCUGGAAACAUUUUAUGGUAUGGGAUUAAGAAAAUUAUUUUAGCUUCA